GAUGCGUCUGCCUGGUACGUCCACUAGUGCUACACUGAUCGGUCUCACCUCUGGUGCCUCCUAUCAUGUUCUUGUGGAGUCUGUCAACGGAGACCAAAAACAGAAAAUCCUGGAUGAUGUUGUGACUGUCGGAAACAGUGUUCCAGAGACUGGAGUGGUUCCCACAGGCAGGGAUGUGUGCUAUGACACAUUCACCGCCACCUACCAUGAGGUGGGCGCAGAAUGGGAGCGCAUGUCCGAGACGGGCUUUAAACUCUGGUGCAAGUGCCUUGGCCUUGGCAGUGGUCAUUUCAGAUGUGAUUCAUCCAAGUGGUGCCAUGAUAAUGGCCACAACUACCGAAUUGGUGAGAAGUGGGACCGUCAUGCUGAGAACAGUCACAUGAUGAGCUGCACCUGUCUGGGCAACGGGAAAGGAGAGUUUAAGUGUGAACCCCUUGAAUCCACCUGUUAUGAUGAUGGGAAGCUGUACCAGGUGGGCGACCAGUGGCAGAAGGAAUAUCUUGGAGCAAUUUGCACAUGUACCUGCUAUGGAGGACAACAGGGAUGGCGCUGUGAGAACUGUCGUCGUCCUGGUCCUGGUGCUGACGUUGACGUGGACCUCAUUCAGCCUCUAGUGCGCACUGAUGCUUACGACCGCUACAGAGAGAACGCCCUACGCAAACUGCCAGGAUUCAUAUGGCUGCAUGGCAGAAUUUGUUUCCUUCACAGCAACAUGGCCAGCAGCUAA